GCAACAACGUGAACGUGAGUUAAAGGUACGCGCUUUGGAAGAAGCUGCGCGAGGAUCACGGCCUUGAGAGAGGGAAAGAAAGCUAGGAAUGGCUGCUAGGAAAAGAGAUGAACCUGGUAAACAACGGUAUCAAGCUAACGCUAGAGAACGUGACCGAACACAUAGGUUCACAACUCAAGAAUCGCAAUCUUCACUGUGCAGCGUAAAUACAGCGUUCACCGCCCUUAGGACAUUGAUACCUACUGAACCUGCAGAUAGAAAAUUAUCUAAAAUCGAAACGUUGCGACUGGCAAGCAGCUACAUCAGCCACUUAGGAGCUGUACUAAUUGUCGGUGCUGCUGAUCAGCCCUGCUUACGCUUAGAGGAAAAUCAUUUACGAGCAUCAAGGUUGAACAAUUCGUGGGGUAGUAAUGAAACUCAUACAGGCCGACCCCAGGUCUGCACUUUUUGCCUCGCUACGCACAAAAAAUACAAUUUGAACGUCGCUUCUCAAACAAUCACGGACUGUCAGAGUCAAGAAGGUGCGCAAUACAUUAUACUUCCGUCGAGUUCGUCAUCGUAUUUCGACUUGAAUCCGAUAUAUUAAGUAUAAGAUUUUAUAAAAAUGCACGAUAGAUACACGAGCGAAUGUAUAUUAAUUGUAAAUACGAUUACAAAUGUAACGACAGUAACGUAUCUACCCUAAUGUUGACUCAGUUUUCGAGAAAGAAAAGACAGUCGGAUAAGAAAAAUGCACCAACGCACUUUCGGCGAUAUUUGUUUUGGUCUCUCGCAUAGCCGACAAUGCAGUGAGGAAAGACGUUUUGGUGUUACUCUCCGUUCUCGUUUGCCGUUCCACAUUUCAGUGUUUUUAUUUGGUUAUUUAUCACCUGUAGCAAGAAAUUGGAAUAAUGUUUGUCGCAGAAAAUAACCGCCGUUCAUGGUCGGAGCGUCACUAGGUGAGAUUAUAUAUUUUUUUUCAAAUUUAUGCCAUUUUUCCGGUUUUCAUAGCAACCGUGGUAAAACUAACUGGGUUCACCAUUAUGCCAAAGAUUUUUCAAAAGAGGUAAUAAACAAAUGUUGCAAAAA